AUGCCGUCCAAGCGUGUACGUGCUCAGAAGAAGAAGCGGUCGGAAUCUCCCCCUGAAAGUUCGGGGGACGAGUGGGAUUCCGACUCAAAACGCCCGGCGAAGAAAGCGAGGACAGCUCCGAAUGCCAAGAAAGCCGAAGCCACAAAGGCUGUAGCCCCCAAGACAACAGGGAACGAUACUCGAAAGGUGCCAUCUUCCGAGCAGCCCAGAAGACUUUCCAUCAAAGAGUACCGGACCGGACCAAGAGCGGAUCCUGCUUUCUACAGGUAUAAUCGGCGUCCAGACCGUCCGGCAUUUAUAAUUCCGCAAACUGAGCCUCCGGUUCUCAAGUCCGAGGAGAUAUGGAAUGAUCAUGUGCCCCUGUCUGCGCCCAGGCAUCUUGAAGGCAAGCUUGGAGAUAUCGUCGUACCCGACAUCUAUUUCGGGAACAUGGCACCGACGCCACGUUGGUAUGUCAUGCCAGAGCGCGGUCCACCUCGGCCGUCUCAACCUUCUUCGAACGGCAAUUCCAAGCGCAGCAGUGUUGCUAGCACGUCCAGUUCCAGUUCCACUUCAACACCUAAAAUCCAGAGCUGGAUUUGGGUCUUCGAGGCGGGCGAAUUCGGGUCCUGGAAGAGGCUGGAAUAUGAUCAGCUCUACGAGUACGCGUAUCUGUGUCUAUACCAGGCGUUGCAAGACCCGUCCCAGCAGGAACGCAUCCGACAUGCCGUUCACGGGCCAUUCAAUGGGCCAAUGCAGCCACCGCAUCAAUUACUGCCUAGUCUACCUGGGAGACCGCUCACUGGUUACUUUGUCUUGGACCAGAAGUGGACUAGCAUCUUGGAGAAGCCUCCAGGUUUGCGUGAUUCAUUUUAUUACUUCCCCGACUAUAAACGUCCGACCUUGGCUGUCAGGCCAGAUCCUACCGGUCAUAAUACUGCGAAUACGCAUGUUAUUCCUCGGACGAUGUUCAAUCUCAUGCACAAGUCCUUGUCGAGGAAACCUGCAGUUUCGCGGGAGCAGUCGGUUUCCCCGACCAGCCAUGCAGGGUCUGGCAUCCGGGGAAGUCAGGCGUUGGAAGAUCCUGAGAAGACGGAUCCAGGCAAGGAUCGCGAUCUGGAGCGAAACGAUGAGGGUAAAAUUGCACGACUCGAUGCGGCCUCGAUGAAAGUUAAUCCGUCUCGCGAGGAAUCGCCAGACUGUCUCUUUUCUGAGAGCGAGAGCGAAGAAGAGUGA